AUGGGAGUUCCAGCUUUUUUUCGUUGGCUUUCAAGCAAAUAUAGUAAAAUUAUACAGCCAGCAAUUGAGAAAAAACCUUCCCCACCUGGAGAAGAACCAAUUGAAAUUGAUUUAACAUCUAAUCCAAAUGGCGUAGAAUAUGAUAAUUUAUAUCUUGAUAUGAAUGGCAUUAUUCAUCCUUGUUGUCAUCCUGAAGAUCGACCGCAACCAGAAACUGAAGAUGAGAUGAUUGCCUUAAUUUUCGAGUAUAUUGAUAGAAUUUUUUCUAUAGUCCGCCCACGAAAGCUCAUAUAUAUGGCAAUCGAUGGCGUCGCACCGAGAGCGAAAAUGAAUCAACAACGUUCUCGACGGUUUCGGGUCGCCCAGGAAGCUGCAGAAAAACUGAAAAAAUUAGAGAAAAUUAGAGAAGAACUUUUAGAAAGCGGCCAGAAACCGCCACCUUUAAAACCGUCGGAAAGUUUUUUUGAUAGCAAUUGCAUCACUCCAGGAACUGAAUUUAUGUCUCGUUUAUCAGUUUCUUUAAGAUAUUACGUUAUCAACCGCUUAAAUACGAGUCCUGCAUGGAAAAAUUUAAAAGUUUUUUUAUCCGAUGCGACUGUCCCUGGGGAAGGCGAGCAUAAAAUAACUGACUUCAUUCGUCGACAGAGAGCCCACGUGACUUACGACCCCGCCACAACCCACCUUUUGUAUGGGGCGGACGCCGAUCUUAUUAUGCUUGGCUUGGCCACUCACGAGGUCGUCUUCCACGUGCUUCGUGAAGAAUUUACUCCCGCCAAAGCGCCUCCUUGUAUUAUAUGCAAUCGCAUUGGUCACUGGCCCCAGUUCUGCCCUGGCGAGCUGCCGUUGGAAAACGAAUCGGUGGCUACUUCCGAACCAGUCAGCACUACCAAAUUUAUAUUUAUAAAACUUGAUGUUCUUCGUGAAUAUUUGGAACAUGAAUUAUAUAUGCCUCAUCUCCCAUUCGGCUUCGAUUUGGAAAGGGCGAUUGAUGAUUGGAUUUUCUUAUGUUUUUUUGUUGGGAACGAUUUUCUGCCUCAUUUGCCCUCGUUGGAAAUCCGUGAAGGCGCCAUAGACCGCCUCGUGGAAGUUUAUAAGACUAAUUUGGUCUCUCUUGGCGGUUAUGUCACCGAAAACGGGUUUGUUAACUGUCACCGCGCCCAGAAACUCUUGCAGGAUAUUGGCGUUAUGGAAGACGAAAUUUUUGUGAAACGGAAAGAAGAAGAGGAGCGCAGAAAAAAUAGAGAAGCGCGAAGGGAACAACUAAUUCAGAGCAAAAAGAAAAAUUAUGAAGAAAAACUUAUAGAGUUCGGCUUUUUACAGCGCGUUGGUUUUGAAAAUUUUAAAAAGUCGAAAUCUACUUUGGAAGUCACGAGAGCCAUUCGGCGAGAAGAAGAAAAGGAGGCGCAACGACAGAAGGAAUUAAACCAAUCAAAGAAAAAAAUCUCUCAAGAAAACAAAAGAGUGGCCGAAAAAUUGAAAACAUAUUUAAAGGAGGAGUUGGCACGUGACACUCCAGUUAAGAAAAGACGGGCCGAAAAUAAUGAUAAUGAAGGUUUUAAACGCGUUAAACAUGUUGAGAGUGAAAGUGAUAAUAAUGACUCAUCAAUAAACGAUGCUUCUGUUACCUUUGAACUUGAGGAAGUGGGAGAGCAAGAAGAUGAUAUAAAAUUAUAUGAAAAAGGAUGGAAGGCGCGAUAUUAUCAAAGCAAAUUUUCGGUGGACCUUACCGACCUUCAGUUUCGCACGUCAUUGGUCCAAUCGUAUAUGGAGGGUCUUUGUUGGGUGCUUUUGUAUUACUAUCAGGGCUGCGCCUCGUGGGAAUGGUACUUCCCUUACCACUACGCACCUUUUGCUUCUGAUAUUGGCGAGUGCACCCUCAAGCAAAAAGUCUAUUUUUCUAAAAAUACGCAACCUUUUAACGCUCUUGAGCAACUAAUGGGCGUACUUCCUGCAAGUUCGGGCGUAAAAUUUCUACCAAAAUCAUGGUCGGAUCUUAUGCUCAACCCUGAUUCAUCCAUUAUUGAUUAUUAUCCAACAGAAUUUCGAGUUGAUAUGAAUGGGAAACGGUACGCGUGGAUGGGCGUUGCUAUUCUUCCUUUUAUUGAGCAGGAAAAGUUACUUAAUGCGCUUAAGCCGGUUUAUAAUGAUUUAACUGAAGAGCAGAGAGAAAGAAACGAAAAGGGGCACGACUUUCUUUUUGUUGGACCCAAAAACUCAUUUUAUUCUUUUUUUUGUAAAAUUUACGGGGAAAGCGAUACAGAUAAGUGGUUUGACUCCGCUGAGUUGGCCAACUCUUAUGGAUUUUUUGGAACUUUUUCGAAAGACCCACUUGUAUGCCUUCCUGGAAGCACGUGCUCUUCUGUCCUUAACUUACCAGCAUACCCUGAUAUCCCUCAUAAUCAGGUUAUUAGUGUUCGUUACAAGUUUCCUACAUUUGGAGAAUCCCAUAUUUUUGAAUCGAAACUAUUGAAAAACGCCGUUACACCUUCACGUGUUGUGUCACGCGAGGAUUUUGAAAUUUCCCAAUCAGGAGGAAUUGGAAUAAGAAGAAGAGGAAAACCUCCUCAAACUCCAGCAAAAAGAAUGAUUCAACACGGUCUGGGAAGAGCAAGCCAAUCCUUUAAUCGUCCGCAUCCGCCAAUUAUACCAUUUCGUCCGCAUUCUCCUUCGGUUCCUCCGUUUUCAUGGGAUUAUUGCCCGCCCACUUCUUUUGCUUAUAAUUCUUAUAAUAAUAUGAAUGCCUUUUCCAUGAAAACUCCUCAGUUAUACUACAGCACCCCCAAACCUUUUCGUUCUGCUAAUAAUAAUAAUAAUAAUAUUAGUAAUUAUAAUAAUAACAAUUAUAAUAAUAAUAAAAACUUUUAUCAUAGUAAUACGAACACCUCAAAAAGUUAUAACAAUUCCACAGAAUUUUUUCCCAACCGAACUUUUUAUGCCGAUCGCCAUUUUACUGAAAUGAAUGAACGUGAGGAACAUUCACGCAACAAUUUUAACGACACCUUUCCCAACAAAACUUUUUAUAGUCUAAAAGGAAAUGAAAGAAGUUCUUAUAACUUCCCUGAAGGAAGUCAUAAUAAUACUAAUUAUAAUAAUAAUAACAGAAUAAAUAAAAAAUAUAAGCAAAAUUUAUAUAGAAAAGAAGAGCUAGAAAGGAGGCGUGGCUAUUAA